UGAAUACUAGGUUUAAGAUAAUAAUCCCAUCUCCACCGUCAACAAUUCUACACUUCUAACUAUAUAAAAAGCUGAAAACUUCCAAAAAGAUAAAGUUUUGAGCUGUCUCUGCCUUCCAUUUCAUCGGUAAAGGACCAUACGAAGGUCACCAAUCCAAUUACAAGCUUACAACAAGAAACAGAAGAAAGAAGAAGAAAACAACAGCAAACAAGAGGGGAGAAAGAAAGUGAAAGAGACAGAGAUCCCAUCUGAGAUAUUUUCUGCAAUGAAUAAGAAGACCAAUUCAUCAUCAUCGUCAUCAACAACAACAAAGCCCGCAGGUACAGUUUUGCCAUACCAAACCCCAAGGCUAAGGGACCACUAUUUGUUAGGCAAGAAGCUUGGGCAGGGCCAAUUUGGCACCACAUAUCAAUGUACCCACAAGGCUACUGGCACCCUUUACGCUUGCAAAUCAAUCCCAAAGCGCAAACUUUUAUGCCGUGAAGAUUAUGAUGAUGUUUGGAGAGAGAUUCAGAUCAUGCAUCAUUUGUCAGAGCACCCAAGUGUGGUGCAGAUCAAGGGAACUUAUGAAGAUUCUGUGUUUGUUCACUUGGUUAUGGAGCUUUGUGCAGGUGGGGAACUUUUUGAUAGGAUUGUGGCUAAAGGUCAUUAUAGUGAAAGAGAGGCUGUUAAGCUUAUCAAAACUAUUGUUGGUGUCGUGGAGGCUUGUCAUUCUCUUGGGGUUAUGCACAGAGAUCUCAAGCCUGAGAAUUUCUUGUUUGAUUCUCCUGCUGAUGAUGCCAUUCUCAAGGCUACGGAUUUUGGCUUGUCUAUCUUCUAUAAGCCAGGACAAUAUUUUUCUGAUGUUGUUGGGAGCCCCUAUUAUGUUGCGCCUGAGGUUUUAUGCAAGUAUUAUGGACCAGAAGUAGAUAUAUGGAGCGCUGGUGUUAUCCUUUACAUCUUGUUGAGUGGGGUUCCACCGUUUUGGGCAGAAACUGAAUCAGGAAUCUUCAGACAGAUUUUAAAUGGAAAAAUUGAUUUUGCAUCUGAGCCGUGGCCCAGUAUCUCUGACAGUGCAAAAGAUCUGAUACGAAAGAUGCUUGAGAGGGACCCAAGGCAAAGAAUUUCUGCCCAUGAAGUUCUAUGUCACCCAUGGAUUGUGGAUGAUAGAGUUGCCCCAGACAAACCUCUGGAUUCUGCUGUGUUAUCACGCCUGAAGCAGUUCUCCGCAAUGAACAAACUUAAAAAGAUGGCUUUGCGUGUCAUAGCGGAAAGACUCUCUGAGGAAGAAAUUGGUGGCUUGAAAGAGUUGUUCAAAAUGAUUGAUACAGACAACAGUGGGACGAUAACAUUUCAGGAACUCAAAGAUGGUUUAAAGAAAGUGGGCUCUGAACUAAUGGAAUCGGAAAUCAAGUCUCUAAUGGAAGCAGCGGAUAUUGACAACAGUGGAACAAUUGACUAUGGUGAAUUUCUUGCUGCUACACUGCACAUAAAUAAGAUGGAGAGAGAGGAGAAUUUAGUUGCUGCUUUCUCCUUUUUUGACAAAGAUGGUAGUGGUUACAUCACCAUAGAUGAACUUCAAAAUGCUUGCAAAGAGUUUGGUCUUGGUGAUGUUCAUCUGGAUGAGAUGAUCAAAGAAAUUGACCAAGAUAAUGAUGGGCGAAUAGAUUACGGGGAGUUCACUGCAAUGAUGAGAAAGGGUGAUGGGAUAGGAAGAAGCAGAACCAUGAGAAGCAACCUGAACUUCACCAUAGCUGAUGCCUUUGGAGUGAAAGACCCAACAUCUGAUUCUAACUGAAAAAAUUCAAUCUCUUCUGUGAAGUUAGCAACAUUUUGUGAUACUGAAAUGGAAGAUGUCAAUGGUUGUUUAGGGUGAUGAUUGGGUUUUAUUCAAAGUGAUGUACUCUAGGAGGAAUGUGAAGAUUAACAUUUUGUUUAUCCUUUAAAGGUUACUGCAAAUGACACCAGCUGCUAUGGUAUUUGGUAGAAUAAUAAAAUUUUCAGUCUAAGUUCACUAAUUGUCAGCUUCA